GGGAGGUGCGUUCCGAACGCCAAAAAAAACAAAAAAACAAGCUAGCGUUUUUUUUUUCAAUGGAAACCGCCCUGAUUUGUUUAUAACGUUUACCGGCAUCUUAACUGUUAAAGUUCAUUAACGAGUGAUCACGGUUCUCCCGCGGCGUGUUGGAGAAGAAGAUAAAGCGGUCAGAAGUGGUGGCAAUGGAAGAGGUUCACCAGAACAGCACUAAUGGCACUGAGUCACAAACUGUGACCAUCCCUACAACUCUUACAGCUUCUCAAUUAUCACAGAUAACCCAGAUGUCUCUUGGAGGGUCACCAGUCACUGUGGUGCAACUACCUGGUGGUCAGAUUCAAGUACAAGGAGUGAUCCAAUCUGCCCAGUCAUCGGUUAUUCAGUCUCCACCAGCACAAAUACAGGGUCAUCAGUCUGAUAGUGACGAUUCUCAGGACUCCUCAGACAGUGGAUCUUCUAACCAGAAAACGAGGGAAAUUCUAGCGCGGCGCCCUUCUUACAGGAAGAUUUUGAACGACCUCUCAGCAGAAGAGAUGGUGAAUCGAAAUGAAGGAGAGGAGGAGAUCUCGGCCUCAUCCGCAAUGACAACGGUGUCUCUACCUACGCCAAUCUAUCAGACCAGCAGCGGCCAGUACUUUACAAUUGCAUCAAAUGGGUCUCUGCAGUUGGCUGGUGCUAGUGCUGAGGGGGUGCAGAGCCUGCAGACUCUUACCAUGACCAAUUCCAGCCCUAGCCAGCCUACUAUAUUACAGUAUGCUCAGACUGCAGACGGGCAACAGAUACUACUUCCCAGCAAUCAGUUGGUGCUACAAGGGGGAGAAAUGCAGGCUUACCAAAUCCGCUCAUCGUCGGCACUGCCUCAGACUGUAGUCAUGACCUCACCUGUCAUAAGCUCUCAGGGCAAGUCUGACGACCCCCAGGCAAAGCGAGAGAUCCGCUUGGCUAAAAACAGGGAGGCAGCCCGUGAGUGCCGCAGGAAGAAAAAGGAAUAUGUGAAGUGCUUGGAGAAUCGCGUGGCUGUGCUGGAGAAUCAAAACAAAACCCUGAUUGAGGAGCUCAAAACGUUAAAAGACCUUUACUGUGUCAAAACGGGUUAAUGCAGCUGCACUGGUACAGUGCUAAAUGGACAAUUUUUGCAGAUCUGCCUGUAUAGACACAAUUCUGGGCACAAGGAACGUGUCAGUUUCUUGUUUUUAUACACAUUUUUAAUAAACAGAUUUGGAGUGGCAGACCAAAGAGUGAGAAACAAUAUAGAUGGACAAAAAUGAAUGAAUUGUGUAUUGUGUUUCCUUUACAUAUUUUUAAUAACAAGUGAGAUCAGGUGUGUAUAAUUUGUGUAUGUAUGUUGUGUGUAUGUGGGCACACCUACACAGGGAUUUUUUUGGCUUUACCAGUGUGUGACCUGUUCAUUUACCAGGGAAAUUCUGUGUUUGUUUUUCCAAAAGUGCUUUGCAGAAACUGUUGGAAAAAAAUAGUGCAUAUAUUAAGCGCCUGCCAUUUAUACUCUGCCUCUCAGAUGUACCUGAACUGUGUUUGAAUAUUGUGAUGUGAUUUGUUUUUCAUUCAGUCUUUUUUGUUGUUGCUUUAGAAUAUUUGCUUUCCUUCCCCUUUUGACCAAAUGUUCCAGUAUUCCCAUACCCACGUUUAUCAUACUUUUUAUGGCACGGUUGUGCAACAUUGCAGAGAGUCCGAGACCAACUUGGCCCGAGUUCAGCAUCGGGAAGUGCUGGAUGCUUAUGUCUGGCUUUAGGGUGCAUUGUAGAUUAAUUUUAGUUCAAACUUUACCAGAAAGAAUCAUAGAUAACACAUUGCAUUAAAUUAUAUUUAAGGUGAUACAUUUUUUAAUCAACUUCAAGUUAAAAAGGAGAAUGUUACUAUUCAUAUAUUUGUUUAUUGUUUCCAACACCACAGAUGCACUGCCCACAUGGUAAAGGAUGAUUUAAGUUAACAGCAAUAAUUGACUGACUUGUUUACUCUUACAAAGUGCACCUUUUAGAGCAGGGUAAAGCUGUUUUUGUUUUUUUUUGGCUUAAAGCUGUUACUGGGACAAUUGAAUCAGGGAGUACACCUGUACUUGAAAAUGCAGGUGACACUGUUUAUUUAGAACAGUGUCACCUGCAUUAAAAUGACAAGAUGAGUCGUUUUAUUAAGUAAAACUAAAUAAAUAUUUUUUUCAGCCUCUG